CCAGCUCCAGUCACUCCACAGCCUCGACCAAUUAGUGGCUCUUCAGUGGGAGUAAUGGAGAUGAGAUCGCCUUUACUUGCAGGUGCAUCCCCACCACAACCAGUUGUACCAGCGCAUAAAGAUAAAAGUGGAGCCCCACCAGUCAGAAGUAUUUAUGAUGACAUUUCUAGCCCAGGACUUGGAUCAACACCUUUAACGUCAAGAAGACAGCCUAAUAUUUCAGUAAUGCAGAGUCCUCUUGUUGGAGUUACGACAACUACGCCUGGGACAGGACAAAGUAUAUUUAGUCCGGCUAAUAUUGGUCAGCCACGAAAGACGACGCUAUCUCCUGCCCAACUGGAUCCUUUUUAUACUCAAGGAGAUGCUCUGACUUCAGAAGAUCACCUGGAUGACACUUGGGUCACUGUGUUUGGGUUUCCUCAGGCAUCUGCUUCGUAUAUAUUACUACAAUUUGCACAAUAUGGGAAUAUCUUAAAACAUGUGAUGUCGAACACAGGGAAUUGGAUGCAUAUUCGUUAUCAAUCUAAGUUGCAGGCCCGGAAAGCUUUAAGUAAAGAUGGGAGGAUUUUUGGAGAGUCCAUUAUGAUUGGUGUAAAACCAUGUAUAGACAAAAGUGUUAUGGAAAAUGGUGACCAGUGUACUCUGUCAUCUCCAUCUCUACCCUUUACACCACCAAUAAAAACCUUAGGCACCCCAACUCAGUGUGGAAGCACUCCCAGGAUCACCACCAUGCGGCCUCUUGCUACAGCAUACAAAGCUUCUACUAGUGACUAUCAGGUUGUUUCUGACAGACAGACGCCCAAAAAAGAUGAAAGUCUCGUAUCCAAAGCAAUGGAGUACAUGUUUGGCUGGUAGCAAAGUAGGCCCUAAGAUGUUAGCUUCAAGGGAGGAGACUGCUACAAAAAGACUGUUAGCAGAGUGCUGCUGGUGUCCUUCGGUUAGUUCUAUAACCACUUUUGGCAAUAUUGGAUAACUAUCUCAUACUUCCUUUUAUUCUUUAAGGAUAUAGCCUAUUUGUAGCUCACACUUUUAAAAGAUGCUUAAGAUCCCCUUUAAAGAAUAAAAACAUCCCUGUAA